GGCGGUCACGUGACGCGGCGGCUGGGGCCUCCCGGCGCGGGGGACGCUAGUGGCCAAGAUGGCGGCAGAGCUGGUGGAGGCCAAAAACAUGGUGAUGAGCUUCCGAGUGUCGGACCUGCAGAUGCUGCUGGGUUUCGUGGGCCGCAGCAAGAGCGGGCUGAAGCACGAGCUGGUGACCAGGGCCUUGCAGCUGGUGCAGUUCGACUAGCCCGAGCUCUUCAAGAAGAUCAAAGAGCUGUACGAGACACGGUACGCCAAGAAGAGCGCGGAGCCCAGCCCUCAGGCGCCGCCGCGGCCCCUGGACACGCUGGCCCUGCACUCCAUGCCCAGGACUCCCCUGUCGGGACCCACCGUGGACUACCCUGUGCUGUACGGGAAGUACUUGAACGGACUCGGACGCCUGCCCACCAAGGCCCUUAAGCCAGAGGUGCGUCUGGUGAAGCUGCCCUUCUUCAACAUGCUGGACGAGUUGCUGAAGCCCACCGAGCUGGUCCCACAGAGUGCGGAGAAGCUGCAGGAGAGUCCGUGCAUCUUCGCGCUGACGCCCAGGCAGGUGGAGAUGAUCCGCAACUCCAGAGAGCUGCAGCCGGGAGUGAAAGCCGUGCAGGUGGUGCUGAGGAUCUGUUACUCCGACACCAGCUGUCCCCAGGAAGACCAGUACCCACCCAACAUCGCUGUGAAGGUUAACCACAGCUACUGCUCGGUGCCGGGCUACUACCCCUCCAACAAGCCCGGCGUGGAGCCCAAGAGACCCUGCCGCCCCAUCAACCUCACCCACCUCAUGUAUCUGUCCUCGGCCACCAACCGCAUCACUGUCACCUGGGGGAACUACGGCAAGAGCUACUCGGUGGCCUUGUACCUGGUGCGGCAGCUGACCUCCUCAGACCUGCUGCAGAGGUUGAAGACCAUCGGUGUGAAGCAUCCGGAGCUCUGCAAGGCGCUGGUCAAGGAGAAGCUUCGCCUGGACCCCGACAGUGAGAUCGCCACUACUGGAGUGCGAGUGUCCCUCAUCUGCCCACUGGUGAAGAUGCGGCUGACCGUGCCGUGCCGAGCGGAGACCUGCGCACACCUGCAAUGCUUCGACGCCGUCUUCUACCUGCAGAUGAACGAGAAGAAGCCCACGUGGAUGUGCCCCGUGUGCGACAAGCCCGCGGCCUAUGACCAGCUCAUCAUAGACGGGCUGCUGUCGAAGAUUCUGAGUGAGUGUGAGGACGCGGAUGAGAUCGAGUUCCUGGCCGAAGGCUCCUGGCGCCCGAUCCGCGCGGAGAAGGAGCCGAGCUGCAGCCCGCAGGGCCCCAUCCUGGUGCUCGGCACCUCGGACGCCAACGGCUGCCGCCGGCCUCCAGCACCCCGGCGUCGGGGGCGGCGUGGGCAGCGCGCUGGCCGGCGCAGGCGGCGGGGCGGGGGCGGCGGGCGCCCCGAGAACGGGAAACCCGGCGCCGACGUGGUGGACCUCACACUGGACAGCUCGUCUUCCUCGGAGGACGACGACGAGGACGAGGAUGAGGACGAGGACGACGGAGGGCCCCGGCCGAAGCGCCGCUGCCCGUUCCAGAAGGGCCUGGUGCCCGCCUGCUGACGCGCCGGCCUCCGCCCGCCCGCCCCGGCUCCCGGCUCCCGAACCGGACUCCUCGUGGGGGAUAAAACAGUCAAGGGACAGAAACGAGAAAGGACAG